UUCACUGAUUUCGCGCCAGUUUCCAUAAAAUGUUAUUGUCGUUUCCUAGCAUUUAUCUUUUGUGUUUAUUUUUAAAUUGAAUAUAAGUGUGUUAAGCGAUUUGUUGCAUGAUAAGUUAUAUAAGUGAUUCGUCUCAGGUUGUGUAAAAGGUUUACCAAUAUCUAACCUAGAAUUUAUUAAACAACAGUUUAUUUGUAAUAGCUUACACCAAAUGGCACGUAAAAGGAAAUCUGUGGACAACAGUACAACCGAACAUAUGAGGUUGAAAAGGACGAAAUACACUUUGGAUUAUGUAAAGCUACCUGAAAUUACCAGAGAGGGAUUUGUUCUCGUCACAGGUGCCGGUGAUGUUGGGCAAUUAGGGUUAGGUCCGGAUGUUUUGGAGAAAUCGCGACCGACUCUGCUUAAGUUAGAGCACAACAUUGUAGACAUAUGCGCAGGGGGAAUGCAUACUGUGUGUUUAACAAAGGACGGAAAGGUUUUAACUUUUGGGUGUAAUGAUGAAGGUGCUUUGGGUAGAGUGACGGACGGCAAAGAGGAUGCUGAAUUUACUGCUGGGGUUGUGGAGUUGCCGGCAAAAACCAUCCAAAUAUCUGCUGGAGACUCCCACACUGCUGCUUUGUUAAUUGACGGAAGGGUAUUCGCGUGGGGUACUUUUAGGGAUUCUCAUGGUAAUAUGGGUAUGACCCUUAAGGGGAAUGAAAAAUUGCCUUUCGAAAUAAUCAAAUCGCAGAAUAUUGUUAAAAUAGCAUCGGGGGCGGAUCAUAUUGUAUUCCUCAACAAUUUUGGUGAGGUUUGGACUUGUGGUUGUGGGGAGCAGGGACAGUUGGGUCGAACUACCGAGCGGGGAAGCUCCAGAAAUGCCAGGAACAGUAUUGGUAAGGGACAAAUAGCAAAAUUAUUAGAGCCGGCGCGACUGAGCUUAAAACCCAGCUUGAAGCUCCACUUCGAUAACAUUUGGGCGGGAGCCUACUGCACGUUUGCCAAAGUCGCGGACAAGGACGACAUCUACGUUUGCGGCUUAAACAAUUACCAUCAAAUUGGAUUGAAAUCGUCCGGGGCGGAAUUUUUGCCCAAACUGUCUCCCGAAUUUUCCAAGUACAAGUGGGAGCAGAUAUGUUGCAGCCAGCAUCACACAAUCGCGUUGACUGAGGAUGGCAAAGUAUACGCAAUCGGACGCAAAGAGUAUGGUCGGUUAGGUUUGGGUAGCGGAUGCGAGGACGCCCAAGUGCUGACGCAAGUGACCAGUCUUGCGGACAAAAAGGUUGUCGAUGUGUCGUCCGGAUCGUGCACCUCCUUUGCUGUCACCGUCGAAGGUGACUUGUAUGGGUGGGGUAUGGGCACAAGCGGGCAAUUGGGUCUCGGAGAGGAGGAGGACUGCUUAGAGCCUACACUCAUCAAAGGCAAACAGCUUGCUCACGAAAAAGUGUUCAAGGUAUCAAGCGGGGGACAACACACGAUAAUACUUUGUAUCUCGGACAACAAUAACAAAAACGGGGACACCGCAAGUAAAAGUAAAUCCUAGUUUUCGUGUCCUUUUUGUCUUCUAAAAUUUAUUUAUAAAUUUUAACAAAGUAAUUAAAGAAUCCACAAAUGAUGUAUUUCGUUUAUUUAUAACCCACCCUUCUUUAGGUCAGAGCUCAUGUAAGCAAAUUAGAAACAAUCCAUACAAAAUUGAUAAAGCAGUCACACGUUUGCUAAUAACGCUAGAAUGUGCAUAAACGUGUAUGAUUGGUAUAAAAGAAGUUUUAAUUAUUUAGUUGACUAAUUUCCGUGCACUAUGCAUGAAUAACACAACCUGACUUAUACCACCUUAAAGUAAAAGUACUUGAAAGGCAAAUCUCUAUUUCAGAUUGAGUGGGUUGUAGUUACUUUGAAACUGAGGAGCACUCUGUUUAUGAU